CGCCAAUUCAGCUUACAGAGCUAAAUAUGGAUCUGCUACAGAGUUCAAUUGACGUUGCGUCUUUCUUGACGCCGGCGCAGUGGUGUCAAGGCUUCUUCGUCCUUUCAGCCGGCCUCAUUCUCUUCAUCCAGGCUCUCCCGCAGGAUGUCCGCAGCGCUCUCAUGGACUACGGCCCUCGACGACCCAAUGAUGCCAAGCAAGCCAGUGGAAAACCGGAAGCUCCAAAGCAGAGUUUCAAGGCUGUCAGGUCACUCCUCAAGACCUUGACAAACUACGGACAAGUGCCUCACUCAUGGUUUCUGCACUUCUAUAUCAUAUCGGUGUCCUUUUCUGCUUUCUGGGCAUGGCAGUAUACCCAGAAGGGCACAGUCAUGAGGACGAUUGCGACCCUGCAAGAUAGACCUCAAGAGUCAUCGAUGAGUCUGGAACAGGUAUUCGUGGCCUGGUUAUUCAUGGCAUUGCAGGGCUCGAGACGGCUUUAUGAGAGUUUAUGCGUGUCAAAGCCGGGAUCAUCACCCAUGUGGUUUGUCCACUGGGCGCUUGGGCUUGGAUACUACACUGCAAUGAGCGUCGCCGUCUGGAUCGAGGGCUCCAGCGCAAUUCUCGCAUCCUGGGACUCACCCAACCAACCCAUCCAAGUCCCGCGAAAGGUGCCAUCGGCCCUGGCCCUGUACGUUGUGGCAUGCCUCAAGCAGAACCAAUGCCAUAGGUAUCUGGCAAGCCUCAAAAAGUAUACGCUUCCAAGCGAAGGGUGGUUUGAAUAUCUGGUCUGCCCACACUACACCUGCGAAUGCCUUUUGUACGUCGCCAUUGCCUGGAUUGCCGCACCCCCAGGUCAGCUCCUCAACAAAACGGUCCUAUGCGGACUCUUGUUCGUGGCUGUGAACCUGGGCGCCACAGCACACGGCACGAGGAAGUGGAUGGCCAACAAGUUUGGAGCGGACAAGGUGGCCAAGAGGUGGACAAUGAUCCCUCUCGUAUUCUAG